AAUAGCUUCACAAUGCUUUCGAGUUUUGGGAUAGUUUGUGAUCAAAUAAAAUGUUUUUGGUAAAUUUUUGUGCCGUGAUGACUAGUAUUUGCUAAUAAGAAACAAAAUCUGAUGAUUGGAUGUAAUAUUAAAUUAUUAUUUUCUUAAUUAGAGGCGCUGUAGUAGUGGCCGACUUGACACGCCAUUUUACAUGGCUAGCAGUUUCAUUAGAAUUUUGUGAUAAAAGUGAGUUUUUUCGGACGAUUUUAGUGCGGAAUAAACGAUUUGUGAAGUAAAUCGUCACAUUUCGAAGUAUUAUUUGUUUUCAUUGAGAUUUUUGUGCCCACAAUGCUUUCAUGUUUGCUGUAAGUGAAAAGAAUGGCUCAAUAUUACCGUGUGUUAUCUCAAGAUGAUAAAAGCAACGAAGAAGUGGCACAGUUUUAUCCAAAUCUUGAAGACAACCAAACAGUUCAAUACGUUAUUGCAUCAGACGGCACUCAGCAGCAGUUCCAAGCCCAACCUGUAGUUGUUUCUUCUGAUCUGAUGGUCGUUGAAGGACAGGGGCAACAAGUAAUAAUUGAUCAGUCUCAAGUGGCUUACCAAUCUCCCUCCUAUGUCAUUCAAGAAACUUCAGGAAUAGAUUUUCCAAACAAUCAACAGCAAGUGUAUUACAUGACAAACACCUCACCUAACCAUCCAGUAGUAGUGGAACAAUCAAUUACCCAACAACCGGUGGUUUUGAACCACCAGCUUAUGCAAAAUCAGAUGUCAAAAGUCAACAAUCCCAUGCAUCAGACAGGAGUCAUUAAUGCAUCAGUUAUACAAGACAAGAAUAUUGUGCAAAUGAGGAAUCAAAUCAAAGCUGCUACCAAACAGAAUAAUAUCGUGAAUGCAAGGGCUUUACAAACAACACCACAAAAAAUGAUCUCAAAGGACGCAUCACAGAAUUUUCAAAGUAAUCUCAAUGAUGAUGAAGCUGACAAUGAAGACGAAGAAACUGUAACUUUAAGGGAUGAAAGAAUGUUGAGUUACUCUCAAUAUAGAAAAAUCAUCACGCAGCAAAAACAAAAUCAAGUAAUACAAGAAAGACUCGUGACACAAAACAUCACAAGUUUUCAACAACGCAAACCUCGACCUGUAAUUAACAAUAAACAACCACCUAGAAAUGCAAAACCUAAACAACCGAUUCGAUUGAAUCGCAAUAACGCUGCUUAUGUACCGUCGUUGGAAGAACGUUAUGAAGAACACAAGUCAACACCAAUUAAGCAAAAUCCAACACAAUUUCAAAACCAAAUGCCUCAAAGACAGCACCAAAUGAAUAGAGCUUUGCCGGUCCAAGAAUCUCAAAAUCAGUUUCUGAUUCAACCGAGACAACGGGAUAGCAAACCGCAAAUUCAACGGCCUUUGCCGCAGUUUUUGCACACGAGUCAAAUUCAAAAUAUUAUUGACAGUGCACCCAAAAGUGAAGAAUAUUCUGAUUCGAUACGUAUGUUGGUUUUAUUGGACAACGGAGAGCAAAGACUUAUCACAUUUACCCUACCUAAAGAAGCUUGCACAAUUCAGGAAAUUCUCGAACAAGUCGGAGUACCAUUUACGAAAGACACUCCAAUUCAAGUCUCGGAAGCUAAUUCAAAUGGUUUAAAUUAUCUUGUUGCUGUUGGUAACGUUCCUGGUUUUUCUCUGGAUCCUCCUGAAGAAAUAACUCUGGAAAAUGAAUAUGGACAACAACAGGUUCUACAAGUAAUCGAGCAAGAACCACCACCUCUUGUGGAGUCAUCACCUAAACCACCUUCACCAGAACCACCUAAAGAAUUACCGCCUAAAAUAAUCGAAGGGCUUUUGGCAGUUUGUCAAAUUUGUGGUUACUUAUCUGAAGAUUUUAAUAAAUGUAUGAGGUGUAAAAGGAAAUUGCCAGAAAAUGUUAAAUCAGUUCCUGCUGUCAAUAGUAAUGGGAAAAAAGUCGAUCCGAGAAGUGGGUUAAUUGAGAAGAGGCUGGCAAUACAAAAAACUAACGGAAUUCCGAGAAUGAACUUACUACCGAAAAAACGUCCAUCAAAACCUAAAUUACUAGAAUGUGAAACCGUCGUUGUAAGUUCAGACGAGGAAGAAAGCGAAAAGAAAACUCCUGUUAAGAAUGUGAGUGAACAAUUGUUAGAAAAGUUAGGUGCUGCAGUAACAAUAAGUCCUAUUUCGAAAGAACCUUCAAUUGUGGAUAUCCAAAAAAGCAGUAUGACAAUCAGAGGUUCCGAAAAAGUUCCUUUUGAACAAGUGAAUAGUACUUUAUUGCUGUGUAGAACUGUACGAAUAGGGUCAUACCGGUUUGUUCCGCCUGAACCAAUUCGAGUUGACUCAAACGGUGUCAUUUUAAAAGUGCCCCACCCGAAAGUAGAAAACACAAUAAAAAUAAUAAAAAUUGAAAGUUCAGAUAUUGUUAAAGUGUUGAUAAGUUUUCAAAAGUCUCUCCCAGUGUUGUUUUACUAUUUAUUACCUUCAGUUGGUGCUAUGGUUCGAACUGCAUUAGAUAUGACUCUAGGUUCGGAUUAUUAUUUUGAUCCUCUGUCUGAAAUCGAAGAAGCACACAGGAGGAUAACAUUACUACCAGAGACGCUUUCUGAAGAGUCAAAACUUGUUUUACAAAAAAUUUAUUUGAAGAAUUGUUUGCUAGAUGAACUGACUUACAAAGAGGCCAACGAUAUUCUUAUUAAAACAUGUCCGAAAGAAUUAUCAAAGUCGGUUUUGAGUUACAGUAGUGUUUCAGAAAUCAAACCAAUAUUGAUGUACCCGGCCGAAGGAAGAGGUAGAAUCACAAUUAAUACAGAAGACUACAUGUGUCUGGGCCAAGAUCAGUUUUUAAAUGAUGUUAUUAUUGAUUUUUACUUAAAGUAUUUGUUACUAAAUUUACCGAAAGAACAUCAGGAUAAAGUUCACAUAUUUUCAACAUUCUUCUAUAAAAGACUAACAACAAAGCCGUUAAAGGCUUCCAGAAAAUCUCAACCAACAGAGAUUGAUCCUAAUUUAAGUCCAGCACAGAAAAGACAUAGUCGCGUUAAAACCUGGACCAAAAACGUUAACAUUUUUGAAAAAGAUUUCAUCAUAGUUCCGAUUAAUGAAAAUUGCCAUUGGUUCCUCGCGAUUAUUUGUUUUCCCAACAUGAACGGUACUCAUACCAUGGAUGGUCAACCCAUUAAAAUUGAACCAAAACAAUCGCAAAAAAAGAAAAAAGUUGCUACUUCUGCAUUGAAAGAAAAGAACAUCGACCCGUCACUUACGUGUGAAGACGCUGAUUCAAGCGACAAAGAUGAAGCAGAAGGAGAUGAUAGCGAAUUGGAUUCUGAUGACUCUGAAGAACCUCCCCAAACUCUUUCUGUGGAAAAUAAUAGUGAAAGGCCAUCGAUUAAGCAACCAUGCAUUCUAAUAUUUGAUUCUUUGGCGGGGGCAAGUCGCAGUAGGGUCGUGGCCACACUUAGAGACUACUUAACAUGUGAACAUAAGGCAAAACUCAAUGAAGAAAAGAUAUUUACAAAAGAUAUUAUCAAAGGUGCAUGUCCGAAAGUUCCUCAACAAACUAAUUUUACAGAUUGUGGAUUAUACUUGUUACAAUAUGUCGAACAGUUCUUCAAUGAUCCAAUUAAAGACUAUCACAUACCCAUUUCACACUUGAAAACUUGGUUUGAAGAAAUUACAGUGACGAAAAAAAGAGAAGAUAUUUCACUUUUAAUUCAGUCACUAAUGAAGGAAGCUGGGAAAGAUUUGAACAUAUUGCCAGAUCUUAUAUUCCCAACCCAAAAUGGUGAACUAACGGAACGAGCACUCAUGGAAAAAGAAGAUAAAUUUAUGGACGAAGACGAAGUGAUGGAAGACGAAGAUGAAGAGGAUUAUGUCCCACCAGUGGGAAAGGCGACGAGUGAUGACUCAAGUGAAUCAGGAGAACCGGAUCCAGAAGCCCAAGCAAAUUUCAUCUUAAAACCAUCAAACGAAGGUGUUGUUAAUUCGGAGAUUACUGAACAGACUGUAAUAAACUCAACAUUGUUGAAACCAGAUAUUGGUGACUUACCCAAACAAAGCAGUAAAGACACGCUUUCUUAUCUUAAAGCGAAGCGAAUUCUCAGACACAAGAAUAACAUGAACAGUGACGGUGGACCUGAUUCAAAAAAAGUUAAAAGUGAAUCUACAUCUAAAAAGUGACUAUUUUUAUCACAGUAUUUGAUGCAAAAUUUGUGAUUGUUAAUAAAUUUUUGUAGGCGUA